AUGGAAAAGUACACCAAUUGGCGAGACAAUGGUACGGGAAUAGCUCCAUUUUUACCAAACACGAUCAGAAAACCCAGUAGGGUGAUGACAGCGUGUUUGUUGAGUAUCCUGGGAGUGAAGACCAUUAUAAUGCUACCAUUGAUUUUGAUAUACCUUCUAACUGGCCAGAACAACUUACUGGGUCUAAUACUGAAGUUUUUAUUUAAUUGGAAGGAAGAAAUUACGGUGCAAGGAAUCAAGAAACGUGACAUGAAGAAAUCCAAGCAUUACCCACAGAAGGGCAAGCUUUAUAUUUGCAAUUGCACCUCACCUUUGGAUGCCUUUUCAGUAGUGUUAUUGGCUCAGGGACCUGUUUCGUUGUUGGUGCCAUCCAACGACAUUGUAUACAAAGUUUCCAUAACAGAGUUCAUUAAAUUCAUUCUCUCCGGUGGGUUGGAUAUCAAGCUGUAUGGGUACGAGGUAGCAGAGCUAUCCCAAUUGGGCAAUACCGUAAAUUUUAUGUUUGCCGAGGGUACCUCAUGUAAUGGUAAAAGCGUUUUACCGUUCAAUAUAACCGGAAGAAAACUCGAGCAAUUCAUAGACCCUUCAGUGGCUACAAUGAACCCCAUAAUGGUUAAAAGUAAAAAAUUUGAACUGCAGACCAUCCAAAUCAAAACUAAUAAAACUGCCAUCACCACAUUGCCCAUCUCCAACAUGGAAUAUUUAUCGAGAUUUUUGAGCAAGGGCGUCCAUGUUAAAUGCAAGAUCAACGAGCCACAAGUACUCUCAGAUAAUUUAGAGGAAUUGCGUGUUGCACUAAACGGUGGCGACAAAUAUAAACUUGUCUCACGGAAAUUAGACGUUGAAUCCAAAAGGAAUUUUGUGAAGGAAUAUACCAGCGAUCAACGUAAAAAGAGAAACUAG